AUGGUAAAGCUUGUUGCUCUCUUUUUAAACAAGACAUCGAUAAUUCUAAGAAUACAUUCGCAUGUACCCUUGCAGAGCAUAGUACGACAGGACGUCGCAUGGUUUGACACUCAGUCCUCCGGCAAAUUAAUCACGAAACUAACUUACAGUGUCGAUCAAAUCGAAGGUGGAAUCGGCGAUCGUUUAGGCACCUUUAUUCAGAGUGUCACCACGUCAAUUGCUACGGCUGUGGUCUCACUGAUUGUUGGAUGGAAAUUGGCCCUGGUCUCCUUUACACUGUCCCCAGUAAUUCUUGGGGCCUUUGUGACCCUUGGCUUUGCGCUUCGUAAAUUUUCGGCUAAAGAAAUAGCGGCCUACGAGAAAGCUGGUUUGAUUGCUGCAGAAAUUCUCGCUGCUGUUCGAACCGUUUUUGCCUUUGGUUGCCAAGAAAAGGAAUCUCUUCGGUACGAAAAUGAGUUGGGUGCAUCGGCACGCGUUUUUAUGUUGAAAAGCUUGCUCAUGGGCAUCGGUAAGUUGCGUUGA